UCGUAGGGUCCUAAGCAACUAAAUAUAGGAUAGGAUCCUAUUUUUGUCAAGAAGUAAUGAAAGUGUUUCCCAAAACUCAUGUUUUCGAGAUAAAAGCCUCAUAGAUUGGUCAAACAAAAGAACAAGAGUAUCCACCAGAAUUUCCAAGAAAAUUUGGAAUGUCCUCGUUAACGUUGAAACCCUUGUUCUCGAUUCAAUCUUUGCGUUAUUCACCUUCGUCGAAUUCCUCACCUCCGAUUCUUGUUUUGCUCCGUAAAGAUCGCCUCUUUCAAUCGGCUAGCAUCCAUGGGAAAACAAAUUUCCCGGGAAGUCUCGUUUUGAAAGCUCAAUCUUUGGACAGUUCCGAAUUUGACGCCAAGAACCAAGAGAAAAACAACCCCAAUGCUGCCGAUUCCAAACCUCCCAACGGCACUGUGCACAAGAGCAGGAAGGAUAUAUUGCUAGAGUAUGUGCAAAAUGUGCAGCCUGAUUUUAUGGAAUUCUUCAUCAAACGAGCCCCUCAACAGGUAGUGGAAGCAAUGCGCCAAACAGUAACAAAUAUGAUGGGAACACUACCUCCACAGUUUUUCUCUGUCACUGUAACCACUGUUGCAGAAAAUCUUGCACAACUUAUGUAUAGUGUUAUGAUGACGGGCUAUAUGUUUAGAAAUGCACAGUUUAGAUUGGAGAUGCAGCAAAGCUUGCAACUUGCUGCUCUUCCUUAUCCUGAAUCACAAGAUGCAAUUGACGUACCAGAUUAUGCACCAGGGACACAGAAAAAGGUCUCUGGUGAAGUAAUUAGGUGGAAUAACGUUUCUGGUGCUGAAAAAAUUGAUGCAGUGAAAUACAUCGAGUUACUUGAAGCUGAAGUCGAGGAAUUGAAUCGUCAAAUAGAACGAAAAUCUGCUAAUGGGCAGAAUGAAAUGUUUGAAUACCUUAAGACUCUUGAGCCCCAAAACUUGAAGGAGCUUACUAGUAGCGCUGGUGAAGAUGUUGUGCUAGCAAUGAACACAUUUAUAGAGCGUCUUUUAGCAAUUUCAGAUCCCAGUCAAAUGAAGAUGAGCGUAACAGAGACAAGUGUUCCUGAACUGGCAAAGCUACUAUACUGGCUUAUGGUCGUCGGUUAUAGCAUUCGCAAUAUUGAAGUUCGGUUUGAUAUGGAACGGGUGCUUGGGACGUCCCCUCCAAAGUUUGCUGAACUACCGCCAGCCAGCGAAAAUAUGUAGAGAGAGCCCUUACUGCUGCAGUGUUUAUUUUAUUCUUUCACACACUCAAAUUAGGGGUCUUCUGCUGGUCCAAGAUUUAUAUAGAGCCCCUGGUGCAUUUUUAGAACGGAGUGUUCAGCACGGUUUUUUUUGCAGCAGGAAUGCUUAAUUUUAUCUCCUUAUCAUUUUUAAUUCUAGAGAUUUUUGUAUUAUAGUUACCAAAUUGUACUCAACGAUAACUAAUUGAGCUAAUGCAGUCACAUUUUAUGUAGAUGGGUUUUUGGUUCUUUUAUAGACAUACCAAGUAUUUUUUGCCAUUCUUUCCAUGCAUAUACUCUCUCGGUC